AUGUCUUUUCAGACAAACUCCGAAAGUAUGUUUAGGUACCCUGAACAAAUGCAACACGAUGAAAUUCUCACUGAACAAGAUCAGAAAUACAUUUCAGAUUUCUUCGACACACUCGCAACUGACGAGCCACCUAGUCAUAUGAUGGACAUUACGCAACAUAGUGCAUCUAACAUUCCGUUUCCAGCAAAUAAUAGCUAUUUACAUUCCAAUUAUCAACAAAUUCACGCCCACAAUAAUUUUGCACAACAAUACCCUCAGACUCAUCAAAUAUCAUCAUUGAGUAAUGGUGGGAUGAAUGUCGGAAAGGGCAAAUCUACUAACAGCCAUACAUCCGCAUUAUACGUAAAGACCGAACCAAUUAACAUUUCUAAUCGAAGGCAACAAUCGCCUUCACCAUCAAGGCUAAGUUCAAUGCAAAAACAACCUUUAAAGCGUACACCUUCUCGGAGAAAAUCGAUCAAAAAUUCUAAUGAAUUAAGUGUAACUUCAACCGAAACAAAGUCAGACGAAGGAAACAAUUCAUCCUCAACUACACACCAAUCAACUUCUUUUACAUCAGGAAUAAAUGAUGAACCAUCGACACCUGGGUCGCCGAAAAUAAUGUCCACUUCUGAUUCGAACAAUGCUCAAUCAUCAACACCGACGUCAAAUCGUGGUGGUAGGGGAAAAAAAGGGAAUCAUGAACUUUUAACUGAGGCCGAAAAAAAGGCGAAUCACAUUGCAUCUGAACAAAAAAGACGACAGAAUAUACGUUUGGGUUUUGAUCAACUAGUCGAGAUUGUUCCUACUUUAAGUCAGUGCCAUAGAAGUGAAGCAUUGAUUCUGCAAAAAUGUAAUAUAAUGUUAUUUUUAGAAGAGUGA